UCAGUCUCACCACACAGUCACACUGCUCGUCAACUGUUUAGAUAAAGAAACAAUAACCACAACAACAACAACAACAACAGCAACAACAAUAACAAUAACAACAACCAAAACCGCAUCUUGAAGCCCCUCUGUGCCUUUCAUGUAUUUUGGAUUGUAUACAUACUUAACUUGGUCCAGGCGGUCAUUCCUGCUGGGAUUUAAACUUGUGAAAGCGACGGACCCGGAGAUCGGUGAUUCAAGACAGCUCAUUGGUCAGCAAGACUGAGCGACAGUCAAAGCUUCAGCUAUGGGCCGGAAGCUGGAUCUGUCAGGACUGACAGACAAUGAGGCGGAGCACGUCCUGCAGGUGGUGCAGCGGGACAUGAGGCUACGCAAGAAAGAGGAGGAGCGCCUCAGUGAGCUGAAGCAGGAGCUGGAUGAGGAGGGCAGUCGCUGCCUCCUGCUGUCACGUCAGAGUCGCUUCAACCAGCGCUGUUGCAUCCGCUGCUGCGCGCCCUUCACUUUCCUGCUCAACCCCAAGCGCCAGUGCCGGGACUGCCGCUACAACGUGUGCAAGGCCUGCCGUGUUUACAACAAGCGGGACAAAGCCUGGCUCUGCUCCGCCUGCCAGAAGAGCAGGCUGUUGAAGACUCAGUCACUGGAGUGGUUCUACACGAAUGUGAGGAGCCGCUUCAAGAGGUUUGGCAGCGCCAAAGUGCUGAAGACUCUUUACAAGAAGCACUUGGCGGAGCACGGUGCUCUCACAGAGCUUACUGAGGGCAGCGCCUACGAGGACAGCAUCUGCAAUGAAGGCAGCGUCUGUGGGAGCGACUCAGCCUUUUACAGACAAAGUGAAGAGCACAGUAUGGCAGAGACGCUCUCCGUGGCAUUGCGGGUGGCAGGGGAGGCCAUAGAUGAAGCCAUUUCCAAGGCGGAGUUUGACACCACCAAUCAGGAGAAGCAGAAUGAGGCGCACUAUCUCCGCCAGCACAGAGGAGAGCUCAUUGAGGAGCUGGCCAAAACUAUUGUGCAAAAAAUCAUCAGCAGGAGGAAAUCCUUGGCUGAAAUGAAGCCAGAAUAUCACCAAGACUGGAUCCUUGACCGCAUUCCUCCCUGUAGCUCCUUAAACCACGAAGCCAGCCUCUGGAGGUCUCGCUCUGCCUUCUCCCUACUGGACAAUGACCUUCCAAAUCUGAACUGUGGGGUUUCCCAGAACCCAGAGCCUCUGCAGGGGCUGAAGAAGGAAGGCGGGUCAUCUGCCUUGUCUACGUGGAGGAGCGUAGACCGGCUAGAUAACGCUAUGCUCAAGAGCCCAGAUGGGAACUGGAUUGCCCUGCAGAGUGCCCAGCUGUCACGUCCCAGCCUGUUGACCAAAAGGAAGAGCCUGGUCUACAGCGCCUUGGAGAAAGAGUCUGGGGUGGUCUCUGCCUACGAAGGUAUGGGCUCCGACAAUGAGGGUAAGUCCGAGCCCGACAACCCCUGGGGUGCUGCCCUGCUGGAGUUCCAGAGGAAAAUGGCCGACUCCAACUUCAACCUCCAGGAUUCACAGGAUGUCACAUCCUGCCACAGUGACGAAGCCGAGCCUAUGAUCCCCUCACCUCCGACAGGACACCAUGACAGCAUAGAUGACCUCUUAUCAGACUCUGAGGUGGACUUGAAGCCUAAUAAGCCCCUACUGGCUCUUUAUAAGAAGAGAAUACCCCAAGAGAUCAGAAGGCCUACCUCAUCUUGUCGGACCAGUAUCAUUGAUGUGAACUUUAACCCGGAAGAACCAGGAGAGAAGAACAGUGAGGCUGUGGAACUGGAGGUGGGAAAAGUCAGGAGACUGCGGAAGACAAGAAGAAAUAAAAAGGAGAAAGUGCCAGCUUCGUAUUUGGAUAACAGUUUGCCUGACAACCAAUCCCAGCAUGCCUCUGAUGAAGCGAACCCGGACACUUUGAGCUCUGGGGCUGCAACCCCUGAGCCCUCUGACCUGGAGGGUGACGCCACUGCAGGCGAAGCCAAUCAAAGAGGCCAGGAACUCCCAUUCAAACUACAAGAGCAAGCGAAUGAAGUUAGCAUCUCCCGUCCCUCCACUAGAGAAGAUGAACUUGAUGGAUGGAGAGACGGUGAGGAACAGAGGGAUGAAAGGAGAGAAGGAGGCAGGGAAAGAGACCAGGAAGAAGAGGAAAUGUUAUGGAUGGUGGACAGAGGAAGAACAGAGGAUGAGAAAGAGGAGGAAGAGAGGACCAAUGAGUUGAGAGAGGGCAGUGAGCGGAUUAAAAAUCAACUGUAUAGGCUUGUUUCCCAGUCCUCACUCACUUACCUCUCCUCCACCGAUGACGAGCUAGACGGAAUGGGCCAGAGUGAGGAAGACAGGGAGACAGAUGUGGUGGAGGAGACCAAGGAGCAGAAGGAGAAAAGGAUGGAGGCACUUACCUUUACACUUUGUGAGCUGGAAAAACAAGUGGGAGCUAACCAGUUCUCAUCCACAGAGGAUGAGCUUGACAGAGCUGGCCUCCGUGAUGGAGAGCAGGACACAGGAGAGGAUGGACAGAAAGAGGAGCUGGCUGCAAAACUGUGCAGAUUAGCAAGCCAAGUCAGUGCCACCCAGUUUUCAUCCACAGAUGAUGAGUUGGAUAGCACAGGCAGAGGUGAAGAGGAGGAGGAGGAGGAGGAUGAAGGGACCUUGUGGAAAAUGGAGGCUGAAAACGCAGUCCAGGUGGCUCCGCUGCGCGACUUGGUCAGUCUGGUCAGCGCAUCUCAGUUCUCCUCCACUGAAGAUGAGCUGGACAGAGUAGGAGAGGACGAGCUAGAGAGGAAUAAAGAGGUGAGCAAAGGAGACGCUGUCCUCGACAGUGAGAGUGCCGAGGACAGAGAGCAGCCACAGCUUAUGACGACUGAGAAGGGAGAAGACGUGGAAACAAAUGAUAAGGGGAGAGGAAGUGAUUCAGAUAUGAACAUGUUUUAUUUUGAGGUCGGCUCAGAAGGAGAUAAGGUGACAGAUGCAAGCAAUGUUGAAAAAGACAUAAAGAAUAAAGAGAGCAGUGAAGGCACAGCAACAGCUCAGAAUGUGUCGGACACAGAGAAAGUGGAGUGUGUCCAACAAGGUAAAACAGAGGCAGAGGAAUCAGAGAAGAAAGAUUACGUGGAAGAGGAGCUAAUAGAAGAUAAGUAUGAGGAUGAAAGGCUCGCAGAAGAGGUAGGAGAGGUAGAAGUUUCAACAUUUUUGUCUGAUGGAGGGAAAGAAGCAGUGGAAACACAAGGGUUAAAAAUAGAGGUGGAAGCAGAAAGAAUGAAGGAAAGGAUUGAGGAAAGGAUAACGACAGGCUCAGGUGAGGCAGGAGUCCCACAAGAGAAUAUAUUACCGUGUAAACGAGAGGCGGAGCGGUCGGAGGAGACAGAUGGAGAAGAGAAACAGGCGGAGGAAAAGAUGAGAGGAUUCAGAGAGGGAAUCGGGAGAUGGGACACUGCCAAAAGUGAUGAAGAGGAUGUGGAAUUUGACCGAAUAAUUAGCAGCAUGUUGAUGAUGUCUGUGGAGGAGAUUCAGGUAGACUCAUCAGCUGACACAGCAAAGGAUAGAUUUGGGGAAUUAGGGACAAAUGGGAGAGCCAAGAUAGGGGGAGAAACUGCAAACCGAGAAAAGACAGACGUACAAAGCACACAAGCAUCAAAGGAGACAGAGGAGCUUGGAAGUCGAGGGGAUAAAAUGAAGCCAGAGUUUGUUGCGUUCGAGGGGGAGAGAGACGAUUUGGAAAGACCUGGUGAAAAUGUGAUUGAGCAGAAUGAAAGAGAGGUGUGCAGACAGCAAGAGGCAAUGAACAGAAAUGCGCAACAGGAGACAGAAAAAGAAGAUCAGGAAAGACCGGCGCAACAGGACUUGGAGGAGGAAUGUGGACUAGCUUUGGCGAUCAGUGAGAAGCCGGAGGAGACGGAUGAAGCCAAAUGGACGCACGAAAGAAUGGAUGUGGAUCAGGAGGAACAAGAGGAGACAAGUGAGAGGAUGGCUGUAAAAGAACAAAUGAUGAAGAGGCAGGGAGACAGUGCUGAAGAGAGUGAACAGCGAGAAUGUGAAAGGAAAGAAACCAAAGACGGAAAUGCAGGAGACGAGGAGCAGAGCGCCCCCUCUGAUCAGGAGGACAUCCUGUCACCUGAGGAGAUUCAGAAUGAUAGGGACAUGGAGCUAAACGAAACAAUACAGUUUAUAUCUGCUCUGCUACUGCAGCGGUACUCAGCGGUGUCCCUGCGCAGCAUCACCACCGAGGUGCUGAAGGUGCUGAAUGCCACAGAGGAGCUGCUGCAGGGGGCAGAGGGAGGAGACGGUGCCCACCGGCCCUGUGCACCCUCACUGCCCCCCAACACCAACCCCAAGAAGCUGGACCAACAGUUCUCCAGACUGGAGGAAAAUGUGUAUGUGGCAGCCGGCACCGUGUACAGCCUGGAGGUGGAGCUGGGUGACCUGGAGGAGUGUGCCAGGGGCAUCAGCGGCACCACGUCUGACAGCGAGCUCUCCUUCCUGGAAGAGCAGGUGGCAUCAGCAGCUGCCAAGGUGCAACAGUCUGAGCUACAGAUAUCUGACAUCUCGGCCAGGAUUGCUGCGUUGAGGAGUGCAGGCCUCAAUGUGGACCCGCAGUCACGCUUCACUAAGGCCAGGACCAUACCAGUUAUGCCUAUCACCCUAGACUCAUCAAGACAACUGAGAAGGCGAUUACCUGCACCACCAAUGAAAGAUGACAAAGACGCUUAAGUCAAGGUGCAAGAGAUAACCUGACAAGGACCUGUGCAGUAGCUUCGACCACAGCAGUGCCUUGACCCUGCGACUCAGCAGCCUCCACGCCCCGCCACCUGAUCCGCUUGGAUGGACGCUGUUUGCCUUAACUUCACCGCACGCUCAGCACACCUCAAAGAAUACGGGACACCGCCAUGUGAAUUUUCUGUCUUGGUGCCGUCACUGUUGGUGGACAAAAACCUUGAUUCUUCACGUCAACUCUUCAGAUAGAAUAACAGCUUUAUUUCCACAUUAAUGAUAACACAUUUAAAAUAAAAAUCUCUUAGGUUUUGAAGGGCUUGAUGGCCUAUUUCCACCUCACAGUGCACAGGACCAGGUAAACCCUCAGCUCACAUAAAAAAACAGGUAAAUCACUACAACUUGAGUUGUAAACAAGACUGUUUUAGAUUUCCUAACAGUGACAUAGAAGUGGUGAAAAGAGUAUAUGUGUUAACAUAAUUUAAUAAAUGUGUUAAAAUAGAACACUUUUGUAUAGUGUUUAUCUAACUAUUGAGUAAAAUAGCUUGUUAGUUGACCAUUUAACUUGGCAGUGAAUAAAGCCAUAUAAACACUG